AUGUCUGAGCCCAAGUCCACAGAGUCCCUGGGUUCUGGAUGUGGUGUUCCAGCCCAGAGAAGCUCACAGCAGGGUCCAGAGAUGGUGUCAGUGAAGCUGGAGGACUGCAGUCAAACACUGGAACUUAAUGUGAUUGUCAAAGAGGAGGAGGAGAGAGGAAUCGAGGAGGAGAUACAAGUAAAAGAGGUGGAUCAGAGAGCAGUCAAAAAGGAAGUAGAGAUAACAGCCAAAGAAGAGCAUGAGAGAACAGUCGAAGAAGAGGAGGAGGAGGAGGGUAUAAGCAUCAAAGAAGAGGUGGAGGAAAGAGCAGUGAAGGCAGAAGAGAACAAGGAAGGAGCUGCUCAACAUCUAGGAACUAAAGAAGUAGAUAGUAUCAGUGACCCAGGAGAGAGCUCUAACCCAGGUUCAGACAGUGAGCACAGUUCCACAGCAUCAGGAAACCAUAAACAACACAGACGGAGGAACUCAAGACAGAAACAUCACCACUGCAUGGACUGCUUCACUAGUUUCUAUGAGCCAGAGGAGUUGAGAAGACACACUUGUAGGCCCCACUCCUGUUCUGAUUGCAGAGACAGUUUUAUUUGUCCGAUUCACCUCAAAUCACACCAACAAAGUCUCAAAAUAAAGAAGACAUACCCGUGUGGUCAAUGUGGGAAGAGAUUUCAGACACCAAGCAGCUUGAAGAUGCACCAGCUUACUCACACAGGAAAGAAGUCGUACCACUGCUUUCAGUGUAGGAAGACUUUCGGUUGGUCAUUCAAUUUGAAGAGACACCAGAAAAUACACACAGGGGAGAAACCUUUCCACUGCUCCCAGUGUGGAAAGAGCUUCAGUCAGACAGGAGACCUAAAGAAACACCAUAGAAUACACACAGGAGAGAAGCCUUACCACUGCUCUGAGUGUGGGAAGAGCUUCAGUAUAGAAGCAAAUCUAAAGGAGCACCAGAAAAUACAUACAGGAGAGAAGCCUUUCCACUGCUCCCAAUGUGGUAAAAGCUUCAGUCGGUUAAGAGAACUAAAGAAACAUCAGAGAAUACACACUGGGGAAAAGCCAUACAUCUGUGAUCAGUGUGGGAAGAGUUUCAGUCAAACAGGAGUCCUAAAGAGACACCAGCUAACUCACACAGGAGAAAAGCCUUUCAACUGCUCCCAGUGUGGGAAGGAUUUCAGUCAGUCAUCACUUUUGAAGAGACACCAGCUAACUCACACAGGAAAGAAGCCUCACCACUGCUCUCAUUGUGGAAAAAGUUUUAAAUUGGAAGGAAGUCUUCAGAGUCACCUGAGAAUACACAAUGGAGAGAAGCCCCACCACUGCUCCCAAUGUGGGAAGGCUUUCAGUCAGGCAGUAGACCUAAAGAAACAUCAGAGAAUACACACAGGGGAGAAGUCUUUCCACUGUUCUCAGUGUGGGAAGACUUUCGGUCGGUCAUUAUUUUUGAAGCGACACCAGAGAAGACACACAGGGGAGAAGCCUUUCCACUGCUCACAAUGUGGGAAGACCUUCAGUGAAAAAGGAAAUCUAAAGCAACACCAGAGAAGACACUCAGGAGAGAAACCAUACAGCUGUGAUCAGUGUGGGAUUUGUUUUAAAUGGAAACAAAGCCUGAAGGAACAUCAGGAGGCAAAGCACAGUGCCGUGCCCAACUCUAACCUUAUAAUGGAGUUGCCAAGCUGGGCAUCUACGUAUCUAACUAAUAUUGACUGACAAAAAACAUUCUGUUAAUUUCUCUGGGAUAUGUGGGAUGGUAGCGUCCCACCUAACCAACAGCCAGUGAAAUUGCAGGGCGCCAAAUU